CACGUGUAUUUGGAAUAGUGUGGAACAUCGCGAUCAGGAAUUUAUUUUCCUAAAAUAUGACUACCGUUUGACCCGAAGUGAAUCCACAAUGUCUCUCAUUCCCGACGAAUGGCUGUGGAUCGUCAUCGUCGGUUUUAUCGUCGCGUUCGUCCUCGCUUUCGGCAUCGGCGCCAACGACGUCGCCAACUCGUUCGGCACAUCGGUGGGCGCGAAGGUGCUGACGUUGAGAAACGCCUGUAUCCUGGCGACGAUAUUCGAGAUAAGCGGAGCCGUCUUGAUAGGAGCGCGUGUGUCGGACACGAUGCGGAAAGGUAUUGUUGACGUCACGGCGUACAACGGAUCGGAAGCCCUGCUGAUGGUCGGCAGUCUGUCGGCACUCUCAGGCUCGUGUGUGAUGUUGAUAGGUGCAACUAUCGCAGGUCUUCCAAUCUCAGCCACUCACAGUAUCGUCGGGGCAACCAUCGGCUUCAGUCUGGUCGCCCAGGGAACACGCGGCAUUGGCUGGAAGAAACUCGGACUCAUCAUUGGAUCGUGGUUUAUUUCACCCAUCAUGUCGGGUCUCGUUUCUGCUGUCAUCUUUAUGAUCAUUCGGAAACUAGUAUUGAACAAUAAAAAUUCAUUGCAGAAUGGAUUAAAACUUCUUCCAGUUUUCUACGGACUCACGGUUUUCAUCAACGCAUUUUCAGUAUUUUAUGAUGGUUCACGUUUGCUUCAUUUUGACAAGAUUCCGAUAUACGGAGUGAUAAUCCUGUCUGUCGGGUCCGGGGUGAUAGUGGCUUUGAUAAUACGCUUCUUUGUGGUUCCCAGACAACAAAAAGCAAUAGAAUCACAUGUCAGUGCCUCGCAAUCAGCGGACGAUACAAUCAACUCAUCGAAGAAUCUCAUCACUGGGAGAGAGAUAACCAGCUCGGAGAAGAAGACAACAGAGAAGAAACUCUCCAUAGAAGACAGAAAUCACAACACAAACCGGAAGGAUAAAGAAAUGAAAAGUAUCCUCCUUAUACCAGAAUACAAGCCUGACAUGCAGGACAGUAUAGAACUAAAGAUGGACACCAGUUUCCUCAGUUCAGAGUCGGCCGGCAGUGACGAAUCCAUGACGGUGGAGGUUGACGACCCGAAAGAAAAGCAUCGUGAUUCAAUUGAGGACAAGCCCGAGACGGCCAAACUGUUCUCAUUCCUACAAGUCCUCACGGCGGUGUUCGGCUCGUUCGCUCAUGGCGGAAACGAUGUCAGCAAUGCGAUUGGUCCGGUUGUUGCAUUGUGGAUAAUAGCCACGGAGGGCAGCGUGGCCCAGAAGGCUCCCACCCCGAUCUGGAUCCUGUUUUUCGGUGGAGUCGGGAUCUCCGUUGGUCUGUGCAUCCUGGGCAGGCGAGUGAUGAAAACUAUCGGAGAAGACUUGUCCAAGAUAACUCCAUCCAGUGGUUUCUGUAUAGAAAUCGGAGCAGCCCUAACGGUUCUGGUCGCGUCGAAUGCUGGCAUUCCAAUCUCCACAACCCACUGUAAAGUGGGCUCCAUUGUGUCGGUGGGGCGAGUGAGGUCCAACGAAAAUGUUGACUGGAAGUUGUUCAAGAACAUAAUCCUCGCAUGGUUAGUGACGUUGCCCAUCGCCGGUGGGGUCAGCGCGGCAGUGAUGGCUGGCUUGCGAGAAUUGAUAUAAGAGUCAUUUGUGAUAAUCUUUUUUUUAUCAUUCCACAGACCAAACUAAAGGAGAACUCAAUAUGUCGAUUCUGAUACCAGAUUUCUAUAGCCACUGUUUCGUAUGUUAAGAGAUGCUAUUUAGGCUGAGGGAAAUUCUAUAGUUAGCAAAUAUGUCUGAUUUUUUAAAUAAUGUUGUGACCAUAUUAUGUGUAUAACAGAAUAAUUGAAAAAUAACU